UUGGAUAUUUAAUGUUGAAAAGAACUUUUGGGUAGAUGAAGCAGGCCUUUUAGUUAUUUUUUGGUUUUGUGUUUUGAUUUGGCUGUAAUUACUAAUUACCAUCUUUCCUAUGAUGUACUUUGAGAGAAUGCAACUAGAAAUGGGAUACUUGUGGGUGCAAGCACAAAAUUUUUUCAAUAGUUUCUAUGUUGCUUCAGUAUGAAGAAAAAGUGUGCAAUGGAGAGUUGACUUAGAGAUUUAAAGAAGCAGAAGUUGAGUCCUAAUGUGCAAUUCUGUUUAUUUAAUGAAGUUGUUGGCUAGACUCAAGAUGUUAUAGUUGUUAGGAAACAAAUAUGUACAGCCUGGAGCAUUAACCAAAUAUAUAUCCUGGAGAUACAUAAAGUCUUAUUUGCAUUGCCUUCUUUUUUUUUUUUCCUCCUUCCAAAUGCAACCACAUGAGCACCUAGGAUGACACUACAUUUGAGAAACAAAGUGCCCUUUUUGCUUUGGCAAUCGCAGACAUUGUUCUAAUAAACAUGUGGUGCCAUGAUAUUGGUCGGGAGCAGGCUGCCAACAAACCUCUUUUAAAAACAGUUUUCCAGGUUAUGUUGCGUCUAUUCAGCCCUCGGAAGACAACACUACUCUUUGUUAUACGUGAUAAAACAAAGACUCCUCUUGAAUAUUUAGAGCCUGUCCUUAGGGUAGAUAUUCAAAAGAUAUGGGAUUCAGUUCGUAAGCCUCCAGCCCAUAUAGAUACUCCACUUAGUGACUUUUUUAAUGUGGAAAUCACUGCCUUACCUAGCUACGAAGAAAAGGAGGAGCAGUUCAAAGAGCAGGUUGUUCAAUUGAGGCAGCAAUUUUUUAAUUCUAUUUCCCCAGGAGGACUUGAUGGUGACAGACGGGUUGUUGUCCCAGCCUCGGGUUUUUCUUUUAGUGCUCAGCAGAUAUGGAAAAUUAUAAAAGAGAACAAGGACUUGGAUCUUCCUGCUCACAAGGUCAUGGUUGCCAACGUCCGGUGUGAAGAGAUUGCUGAUGAGAAGUUCUGUGGCUUAACCAGUGAUGAGGCAUGGAUAGAAUUAGAAGAAGCUGUUCAAUCUGGACCAGUACCUGAUUUUGGGAGAAAGCUGAGCUCUAUUCUAGAUACCUAUUUUUCAAAAUAUGACAUGGAGGCAAUCUACUUUGAUGAGCGUGUAAGAAAUGCAAAACGUCAGCAAUUGGAGUCAAAAGUUUUCGAUUUUGUCUAUCCUGCUUAUACAAAGUUGUUAGGACAUCUACGCUCCAAAGCACUAGAGGAUUUUAAGUCUAGAUUAGAAGAAAUGUUAAACAAAGGAGAAGAAUUUGCAGCUUCUGUUCCUACAUGUACCAAUUCUUGUUUGGUUGAGUUUGACCGAGGAUGUGAAGGUAAUUCAAUAUUUGUAUCAUAUGAGACAAGUUUUCCUAUGCUAAUCAUUUUCAUCUUUUGCUGAAGUUGUUAUACUGUAAGUGUACAAGAUUGUUCUAUUAUGAUUUGUGUUUUAU